AUGCAGCUGGAGAAGGAGUUCGGGUUCGCUCCCGAUGUUCUCGGAAAGCUCCUCAUGGCCAGAGGUCUUGCAAACAGCCUAUCAGGCGUCGUUUGGGGAUCCCUCGCAGACCGCCUGGACAGGAAACGAAUCAUGGUCGCGUCGAUGAUGUUGGCCGGCAUCUUCACAAUGUUGACGCCGCAGCUUACCACGCUGCAAGGAUUCUUUGCGACACAGAUGUCCAUCGCAUUUUUUGCGGCAGCAGCGGUUCCAGUUACGCAGAGCUUAGUCAGCGAGAAAGUCGAGGCAACCGACAGAGGUGUGGCCUUCGCAUCCUUGGCCAUGUGCUCAGGCUUUUCCUGCUCGGCGGCAGCCCUCCUUGCCGGGGUCCUCUCCUGGCGGGAAGCGUACCGGAUCAUGGGCGCUGCCACGAUCUCGCUCGCGCUUUGUUUGCUCGUUGCUUUUCCUGCGGAAUGUCGCCCGGCCUCUGAGAGGACGCUAGAAGGUGCACUGGCCACAGAGAUGGAGCAGCUGUGGACCAUCUUCCGCAUCCCAACCUUCAGAGCACUGCUGCUGGGCGGCGUGGUCGGCUGCAUCCCCUGGAAUGCUUUGAGCUUUAUGAUGAUGUUCGUUGAAGACCUGGGUUUCGACUCCUCGCAUGCAGCAGUUGUCUUGGCGGUGAUGUCGGUGGGCCGAAUUCUCGGUUGCCUUUUGGGAGGAAUCUUGGGAGACUACAUGGCCCGCGUGUCACCUCUGCACGGCCGCGCCUUCGUUGCGCAGUUGUCCAUAAUCCUGGGGAUGGCUCCCUUGUAUUGGGUUCUGCGCUGCUACUCCCACUCCAGCCGUUCUCCGUCCAGCCUAGCUUCUGCAUUGUUCACCUUCUCCCUGCUAGCAACCUGGUGCAACCCGGGAGUGGACCGCCCCUUGUGGUCUGAGCUGGUGUCCCCGAACUGCCGCGGCAAGAUCAUUGCCUGGUGGACUGCCAUUGCACAAUCUUUCGGGUCAGUCUUUGCAGGUCCCGUGGUUGGUUACAUCUGCGUCGGCGUGCUUGGUUACCAGCCUGGAGCUGAAGGCAGUGGCGGCAGUCGAAGAGCAAAUGCAGAGUCACUGGGGACUGCGAUGGCCAUCUGCACCAUGCUUCCUUGGAUCGUUUGCUUCGGCUGCUACUCUGCCAUCCAUGCCACCUAUCCAUCAGACCGGCACCGUGCUGACCGCAUUUCUGUGGGUCUUGGUGCGAAAGGAGCGCCUUGA